GGUAGUUAGCACCAUUUUGUAAGGAAAGGAGAGAGGGAGAAUAGGCUGGCCUCAGUUUAUAUAUAUUUUUUAAGCAGAUACUGUUUUAAUCACUGUAGCUAGCUAGUGUAGUUCGUAUUUUAGUAGUAUCCGUAAGAGCAAGGUGAAAUAAAACAUCUAGUGAGUAGUGGAUCCAGAUCUGUCGGUUGCAACUAGCUUUAACUGGUCUAUCGCUCAAGCUAACGAGCUUGCUAGCAAAGUGAUACACGAGUAUUCGAAAAACAAGCAACGAUCAAAGAGUUCCAGUGAAGUCAAAAUGAGUGCUCCCUCCUCCCAAAAAGUCGUGCUGAAAAGCACCACCAAGCAGUCCCUGAAUGAGCGCUUCACUACCAUGCUGAAGAACAAGGCGCCGACAGCGGUGAGUGUGCGAGCAACCAUGCAGCAGCAACACAUGGCCAGUGCCCGCAACCGCCGGCUCGCCCAGCAAAUGGAGAACAGGCCCUCUGUGCAGGCUGCUCUGCACCACAAGCAGAGCCUGAAGCAGCGCCUGGGGAAGAGCAACAUCCAGGCCAGGCUGGGCCGGCCCAUUGGGGCCUUGAUGCGGGGGGGUGCUGGCGGCCGGGGUUUCGCUGUUGGAGGGAUGCGGGGGAUGACGAGAGGAGGCCUGCGAGGCCGCGGCAGAGGAGGAGCCUUAAGGGGCGCUAUGGCUCUGAGAGGGAAUCGCCUUUCCCCAGGCAUGGGCAUGAUGCGUAGCAGAGGGGGUCCAGGCCGUGUGGCCCUCCGUAGGGGGAUGCGUCAAAGAGGGGCUGCUGGUCGUGGAGGUGCCUUUGGCCGAGGAGCUGGAAGAGGAGUGGGAGCCAGGGGACGAGGUGGUCUACGUGGGCGUGGUGGCUUCGCUGGCAGGGGUGGUGGCCGCAGUCGCGGGGGUGGAAGAGGAGGUCGCGGCAGGGGUGGUGGCCCAGGAAUGACCCGCGAGCAGCUGGACAACCAGCUUGACGCCUACAUGUCCAAGACCAAGGGCAACCUGGACGCUGAGCUGGACGCAUACAUGGCCCAAGCUGACCCAGAGGGCAUGGAGUGAACCAGGACCUCCACUGUGAGAGUAGGGACUCCUUCAACAGGCCCACACAGAGACAGUACUGAUAACAUGAAAGACGCAGAGAAGCUUGUAUAGUACUAUUACACCACACAUAUGUAAUGAUAAACGCACUUACAUAAACUCUGUGCACUGUCUCACAUUACAUGGCUAAAAUUUGAUGUGAUCACAACCUCUGCUUGAAUAUAAAAAAAAACAUUCACUGACACACAUGCAUACAAACACACUUGUUCUAAAAUUGUGGGCCUAUGAAGAGAACUGUUUGAAAUGGAACUUUUUCCUGAAUGUGGACAUGACCAUUCUAUCAGUAUCAGUACAAAGUAGACUCGCACCUGCACAGUUUGAAACCUUUUUCCUGUGUGUGCAUGAAGAACGCAAAGAUCUUUUAAACUUGGAAUGGACGACACUGACCGGAGUAGACUUCAAGAACCAACAUUAUCAACGCUCCUGAAAUGCCUGCUUUUUGGACCAGAGGAAUGGACGACACUGGCCGGAGUAGACUUCAAGAACCAACAUUAUCAACGCUCCUGAAAUGCCUGCUUUUUGGACCAGAAUCUCUUGGGAGAAUCUGUUUUGAAGCUGAAUUGGGACUAUUACUGAACUUUGCAUCUAUGUCCAUAUGGUUAAAAGUGCUUUAGCUCCAUCGUGUCUAACUAGCAUCCACUUCUUAUAUUUCGUAAGCCUAUUUUUUACUACUGUGUUUUUAUGUUAGGAUUUGUAUUUAGUAUUGGAUGCUCCUUUUACUGUGUUAGCAGAAGUGUACAAAGACUUGACUCUCGAGUAGAAAAAAAAUCGAAUGAAAAUUACAAGGGGAAUUCUAGAAAAAUCUUUUGUGUUUUUAUUCUAUUUAACGCCACCAACUUAAGCUUUGCUUCUGGAGAAUUGAAGUAUGUUGCUGUCUUUGGUUGAAACUCCCCUAACAGCAUUUAAUGGAUGCUCAUCAUACCAAAUAAGCAACUACACGAGAUGCUAAAUAUGUCAAUCCAAGUUGCAAAGGUGUGCGAGUGGUCUUCCCCCCCUGGUGUCAAUUGUAAGAAUUUGAGGUUGUCUUUAAAAAAAACUGGUUGUUGUACACUACUCAAAUAAAGUGAGUGAAAAUGUUAUCAGAUUGUGUCCAUCUGGAUGAAACUAAACUCCAAAUGCUAUGUAAUUCCCUCCUUCCAACUGGUUAUUGUCAUAGAAUAGAGAAUAAACGUUCUUCUUUUAACUUCA